AUGAGUAUGAACGGCUAGGUCACAUAACUAAGUUAAUUGAACCGAUAGAUUGAACACCACCGGUAUACUAUCUUCCUCAUUACGCUGUUUCAAAAAAAAAAAAAAAAAAAAAAAAAAAAACAGUACCACCACAAGAUUUUGAAUCAUCGAUGUUCAACUAAACAGCUCGGGUCUGUCUAUGAAUGAUGUACAACGAGUAAGACCGACAAUUCAAAAAGAUCUCUUUCCCAUUCUAGUUAGAUUCAGGCAGUACAACUCCGUACUAUCAUCCGACAUUGAAAAGAUAUAUUGGCAAAUCUUAGGCCCGAUGAAAGAUGCUUCGGGGUCUGUGGCGAGCAAGGCCAGACAGACCCAUAUACACAUAUCAAUUAAAUACUGUAACAUAUGGAAUAGCAUCAGCUCCUAUCUUAGCAACACUGGUGCUACAUGA